AUGGCAGACUCCGACUUCCCACCCACAUUCAGCAUCCCAACGGAGCACCUUCAUAUCUCCUAUUUCCAACCCGACGAUCCAGCCCACGCUGCGUUUCUCGUCCAGCUGUGGAAUACCGACGACUUUAUCCAAUCCUGCGGCAAAACGGGCAUUGACAAUACCGAAAAAGCAGCAAAAUUUCUCCGCAACCAGGUGCAAGCAGGCUACAAACGAAAUGGCCAUCACCAAUUCCUCGUCUCGCUCAAACCGCACGUGGGCGCUACGCUAUCAGAAAGUAAACCCAUAGGCAUCGCGUCCUUGAUGAAAGGCGAACCGCCCAAUGCUUACUCGAGGCCGGAUAUUGGAUACACUAUCCUGCCGGACCAGAGCGGCAAGGGCUAUGCCACCGAGGCUGCUGCUAGUCUGUUGGAGUAUGCACAAAAAAGUUUGGGAAUUGAUGGCGUGUUUGGCUUUUGUGGCAAAGACAACAAGCGCAGCGCGCGCGUGCUGGAGAAAAUCGGGCUGGAGUAUCGGGGCCAGCGAAAGCUAAAGCUUUUUGGAGGUAGUGAAAGCGCGGUGUAUGCGUUGAAGGGGAUGGAUCAAGAUUUGAAGGUGUAUGGUGUAGACGACGAUGAAUGA